AUGAGUGCUAAUGUUGACAUAGCACAUGAUACACUAUUUCCUGGUAUGUUAUUACAAAUCUGUGCUCAACUGAAUAUUUUAAAACAUAGGUUCAAAGUUAUGCUAAAUACAUUGCAAAAAAUUCAUAUUCGUGAUCAAAUAAAGCAAUUCGAAACUUUGAAAGCAAUAGAGAAAAAAUUAUUUGCCGAUUGUGUUGAACAUCAUGUUACUAUACUAAGAUUGACUGAUGAUGUGAUUUCGAUUUUCUCAAAAAUGAUAUUCAUUCAAUACUCUUGUAGUUCUAUUAUUUUAUGCAGUAGCGUCUAUGCUCUUUCCCAAAUGAAACCAUUCUCUCCAGAAUUUAUAGCAUGUGCUGUUUAUAUUCUAUGCAUGUUCUUCCAAAUAUUUUAUAUCUGUAUGUCUGGAAAUCGUGUAACUCUUGAGUUUUCAGAGUUAAGUGCUGCAAUGUAUGACACUAAUUGGUAUACACUUACUAAUGCUGGAAGAAAAAAUAUGUUUAUAAUGAUGAUGAGAUCAUUAAAACCAAUAGUUAUAGCUAGUGGACACUUUGUUACUUUAUCUCUAGAUUCAUUUAAGAAUCUUCUUAAAUUAUCUUAUACAAUCUACAACGUAUUCCAACAGUCCUCUUGA